GCUCUCCUCUCCGCGCAGCUUUGUCUAAUCCUCCUCCUCAAACUCAAAGUGUCCGGACCAAAACUGCUACAUUCCCGAGGACAACUUUCUAUACUGCUCAUGUACUUAUCAUUCCCACGGACCAGAAGAAACUCUUGUAGAACACCUGGACGCUGUUACUUCCUGGUUAUAUAACUUUUGCUGCACUUGAACGACUCCUUUACAUUCCAAAGACUUUGGACCUUCGUCGAUUUUUUUUGUUGUCUUUUUGAAUCAACGAUCAAAGUAUUUUUUUCUUAUUAUAAUAAUAUUUUCUGAAUAGACCAAACAAGCAGUAGCCUAGUCUUCGUUUUUUAUUGCACAACCCAGAAAUAGUCUUAACUGUGUGCUUUUUUUUUUUACACGUGUAGGCCUAGUCUUAACUUAAGUAACAAGUCAGCAAUGGCAGGUUUAAACUCUCUGGAGGCUGUGAAGAGAAAGAUUCAUUGCUUGCAGCAGCAGGCCGACGAGGCAGAGGACCGGGCUCAGGUCCUACAGAGAGAGCUGGACAGUGAACGGGAGCUCCGAGAGAAAGCGGAGGGUGAUGUAGCAGGUCUGAACCGUAGGAUCCAGCUGGUGGAGGAGGAGUUGGACCGAGCCCAGGAGAGGUUGACCACGGCAUUGCAGAAACUGGAAGAGGCUGAGAAGGCCGCCGAUGAGAGCGAGAGAGGGAUGAAGGUCAUCGAGAACCGAGCGAUGAAGGACGAGGAGAAGAUGGAGAUUCAGGAGAUGCAGCUGAAAGAGGCUAAACACAUCGCAGAGGAGGCUGACCGUAAAUACGAGGAGGUGGCUCGUAAGCUGGUGAUCCUGGAGGGAGAGCUGGAGAGAGCUGAGGAGAGGGCCGAGGUCUCAGAAUGCAAAGCCAGUGAUCUGGAGGAGGAGCUGAAAAAUGUGACCAACAACCUGAAGUCCUUAGAAGCCCAGUCUGAGAAGUACUCAGAAAAGGAAGACAAGUACGAGGAGGAGAUCAAAGUUCUGACCGACAAACUGAAGGAGGCUGAAACCCGUGCAGAGUUUGCAGAGAGGACAGUGGCCAAACUGGAAAAGUCCAUUGAUGACCUGGAAGAGAAACUAUCACAUGCCAAAGAGGAGAAUCUGGGCAUGCACAAAGUCCUGGACCAGACCCUGCAGGAACUGAACAGCUUAUAAAUACACGGAGAGGAAGCUGGAGAGGACGAGAUCAUCAUGUAACAUUCCUUCAAAUGUUCGACUCCAUUCCACAUUUCGAGCUGUUAAAUCUUUAUUCCCCUGUGUGAAGGGGGAUUAAUUUAAUGCUUGUCCCUUGAUGUUUUUUUUUUCUAAGGCACAACUUUGUUUCUUUUUUAAGGUGGGAAGUUCAUCACUCCUUUUUUAUCUCCAGCUGUGAUUGCAUAAAUUUCCCCCGAAAUGAUAUUUGACCACUUAUUUAGAAAGAACUGGCAAUUAAUACACCCAAAGAAACCUCAGAUUUGCUCACUGAACCACUGACUAAACUGGCUCAUUUACACAUAACAUGAGCACAUACAUUAAGCCUCUGUCUGAUUAUUUUAGUACACGCCUACAGAUGGCAUUGGGCAUCGCUCAGUCUACAUUAGUGUGGCUCUAAUGUGGUGAUGUGAAGUCUUCUCAUUAUGCUGUACCACCUUAAGAGGAUACACGUUAACACACAUUCGACUUAUGUGUGCCUGUCUUAACAGUAUCCUCUUACAGCUGUUUAUGUUUAAACAGCAUGAUGGUCAAAUGGACAGGUCAGCUUAUGGAAAAGUUUCAUUGAUAAGCAAACAGGUCAGGGUACAUGUUGCUCAGUCACUCUAGGCUUCUGCCAAUUCCCGGUUAUCCUGAGGCCUACUUGUUGAAAAGGCACACAAUGUUUUUGUGCAAGUUUUUCUACUCCUUUUGGUGUGGGAAUCUGUGCAGAACCUGACAGCUGUGCAUCUACAGUAUCCAGCAUUGACAUGGAUUUCUAAGUUGUACUUCCUUUUCCUAAGCUUGACCUGACCAUUGAGACAUUCUACAUCAUUUCCAACGAUACGCCAUAAUGUUGCCAAUAUUUACUAGAUUUACAAUAUAUUGUAUUGCAUGAGCGAGCUAAACCCCAAACCACAGGAAGCUCAGUCAAUUUUUAUCAACCAUGGAUACUUAUUGUAUAUAGUAGAAUAAUGUUAGGUCUGUGAGAAAUUGUAUUGAUUUUCUUUUUUUUGGUUUUGUUUCAUUUAUACCACUUUUUGCCAGGGGAACUCUCAAGACCAAAGAACACAUAACACAGACAAUAAAUUCUUUAAAUGUUUUAUUUUUGUUUGUGAUGGUCAUCUUGGUUUCCUCUCAUGCCAUGAAAAGCGCCUCACAUUUUAAAAUAUUUCAUUCACCAACCCCCUUCUAUGUCAACCUAAUAAAUGUUUUACAAAAA